AUGGCUGUUAAAAGUGACUCUCGGUCAGUGUUUGACGGGCAAAUAGGAAUCGAGGUGGAAAUAAUUCAGCGAAUACAACAUUCAGGAGAGGUUAACCGUGCUCGUCACCAUGUGGGAGGAUUUGGUUUAUCAUGGAGCAAGGUCAAGGAGGUUCAUUUUCUCAGUAGCUCUAAAGAUUCUGAAUUAUGUGUGUGGGACAUCAAUGUACCUUCUAACAAUAAGAAACUUCAGGCCAUGAAUAUAUUUGAGAUUAAAGACGACCCUCAUGAUGGUCACACGAGCUCUGUUUCAGUACUUUCAUGGAAUCCGAAUAAAGAUUGGGUUAUUGCCAGUGUGGCUGCUGAUAGCAUGAUUCAAAUUUGGCAGAUUGCAGAGAGUACUCUCCAUUUUCAACCAACACCUGCUCAUUCAACUUCUUCUCAAAAUUCAUUCUCCCUCUCAAAUCUCACCACACUCUCAUUUUCUUGUUCUUGCAAUUCUCUUCCAUCAUUCACUAGUAAAUUUAGAGCAAUCGAGAAAGAACAGAGGAAAAGAGAUGUACGUUUCGAGUACUGGAAGAGGAAGAGGACAGUUAUGUACAACAAGAUCAUCUACCAUUUUCUCGAAUGGCCAUGUCAUACUGUUGAGUGGCUUCCCGGUAAAUUGAAGCUAGCUGACCAAGAAUGUUACGUUCACCAGUUGAUUCUUGGCACCCACGCUGCCCAGAAUGAGCCCAAUUAUCUAAUUGUUGCCAACGUUCUGUUUCCUGAAGAUGAAUCUGAUCUUGGUGGCAUUGGCUGCCGCAGUGGCAAGGUGGAAGUACUUCGGAAAAUAAUGCAUAAAGGAGUGGUUAAAUGUGCUCGUCACAUGCCUCAGAAUACAAGUUAUAUAGCGACCAAGACUGCUAGUGGAGAAGUCCACAUAUUUGAUCAUAUAAAAUACCCAUUAGAGCCUGUUCCGGAUAGUGUACUCUCUGAACAAGAAGGUCCUGAUUUGAGGUUGCUUGGCCACAGAACUAACGUGUAUGGUUUAUCAAAUGAUAAAUUAUCGUGGAGCAAGUUGAAGAAGGGUCGUUUGCUCAGUGGUGCUGAUGAUUCUCAAAUAUGUGUGUGGGACAUCAAUGGAACUCCUAUUAAAAAUAUAGCACUUCGGUUCACGCGGCGGUUCACGGGUCAUAAUGGUGGUGUAAAAGAUGUAGCAUGGCAUGUGAAGAAUGAACACUUACUUGGUUCUGUUGGUAGUGAUAAAUACCUAUCAAUAUGGGAUCUUCGGCAAUCAGUAUACAGCAACCCUGUCCAAUCUGUUGUGGUUCACCGGGAUGAGGUCACUUCUUUAUCUUGGAAUCCCUUUGACGAACGGAUCUUGGCAACUGGUUCUUCUGACAAGAUGGUCAAGAUAUUUGAUCUGCGCAAUAUUAACAUUGCAAUACACACAUUUUCCGAUCACAGGAACGUUGUUAACCAAGUUGAGUGGAGCCCCAAGAAUGAUAAUCUCUUAGCUUCUGUUUGUGCUGACAGAAGGUUGAUAAUCUGGGAUCUUAGCAGGAUUGGCACUGAACAAACGUCAGAGCAGAGGUUUAGAGGUCCACCAGAGUUGCUUUUUGUUCAUAUUGGUCAUAAGAGAGCCAUUAAAGAAUUUUCAUGGGAUCUGAAUGGCGAUUGGGACAUUGCUAGUAUAGCCGAAGAUAACGACCUUCAAACAUGGAAGAUCACAAAUGAUUAUGACCAGGGAAGAUUGUUGUCAAGGAUUUUCCCCGCUAAGGGAGCUUGA